UUUUUUCAAAUUACCAAAACAUGGCAAAUUGUAAAGUUUUUGUUGGUAAUCUAUCGUACAAUGCUACUGAAGAUGACUUGAGGAAACAUUUCAGUGGAAGCGGGCAAGUUGAAGAAGUCGCCAUAAUUUGUGAUCGUGAAACUGGCCGGUCCCGUGGUUUUGCUUUUGUUACGUUUUCCUCUGAAGGAGAAGCUAAUGACGCCAUUGAAAAUUUAAACGAGUCCGAUGUCGCUGGACGUAAUGUCUCCGUGAGGCAAGCGCAAUCAAAACGUGAUGGUGGCGGCGGAGGUCGUGGAGGUGGAGGUUAUGGGGGUGGUGGCUACGGAGGUGGCGGUGGCGGCGGUGGCUACGGAGGUGGUGGUGGCGGCGGAGGUAGAUACGGCGGCAGUAGUGGUUAUGGAGGCGGUGGCCGAAGAUACAAUGAUGACCGUGGCAGUUAUGGAGGAGGUGACUAUGGUGGCGGACGAAGUGGAGGCGGAGGAAGAAGUGACCGAUAUUAAACAGAUCCUGGCUGAGAGUUAUGAUCUGCCAACAUGCAGCAACUACCUGCUGUGUUUGAACUAUUUCUAACAUGCUCCGCUCCCAGUUAAUCUGGAAUCGAUUUUAUUCUUUCAUCGAAUAAACUACAAAUGUACAUAAUGAA